CCUCUGGUUCAUCGUCGUCGUCGUUGUCUACGCAGAACAGGCCAAUCAAGCUCUCUCUUCUUCUCUCAACAACUUCAAACCCCACCGAAAGAAAACACCACAUUUUCUAGGGCUUUGUCUGAAAAAUUCUCUGAUCCAGCACAUUGCACAAACGUGUCUCGUUUGGAUAAAUCAGAGAAGGAGUCAAUUUCAGUUUAAGCUUCUGCGUCUCUGAGGAGAGAAAGUCAACGACCAUGGCUGGUCGUAGAGACAGAACCCAACAGCUCCGUGGAUCUCGAAUCGCGAUCGCCAUCCUCAUCGGUAUCAUCAUCGGCUGCGUUUGCGCCGUUCUGUUCCCCAACGGCUUCUUCAACUCGAGCUCGUCUCUUACAGCUAAUGAACGCGUCCAGGUUGGAUCAUCUUCUUGUGAAUCCCCCGCACGUAUCAAGAUGCUGAAAUCAGACUUUGCAUCUCUCUCAGAGAAGAACGCUGAGCUGAAGAAACAGAUCAGGGAGCUAACGGAGAAGCUGCGUUUAGCUGAGCAAGGAUCAGACAAUGCAAGAAAACAAGUUCUGUCUUUGGGAUCACAGAUCAAGGCUGGUCCUUUCGGAACAGUCAAGAGUCUGAGAACUAAUCCAACCAUCCUCCCCGAUGAAUCCGUAAACCCGAGGCUAGCAAAGAUUCUAGAGGACAUCGCUGUCGACAAAGAGGUGAUCGUGGCUCUCGCAAACUCUAACGUCAAAGCAAUGCUAGAGGUUCAGAUCGCCAGCGUGAAGAGAUUGGGUAUAAAAAACUACCUCGUCGUUGCGUUGGACGAUUACAUCGAGAACUUCUGUAAAUCAAACGAUGUUGCUUACUACAAGAGAGAUCCGGACAAGGACGUGGACACGGUCGGGAAAACCGGAGGCAACCACGCCGUAUCCGGACUUAAGUUCCGCGUGUUGAGAGAGUUCUUGCAGCUCGGAUACGGUGUGCUCCUCUCGGAUGUGGACAUUGUCUUCUUGCAGAACCCGUUUAGGCAUCUGUACAGAGACUCUGACGUUGAGUCGAUGAGCGAUGGGCAUAGCAACAUGACGGCUUACGGAUUCAACGAUGUGUUUGAUGAACCAGCCAUGGGAUGGGCUAGGUACGCUCACACCAUGAGGAUAUGGGUUUUCAAUUCCGGGUUUUUCUAUCUGAGGCCUACUGUUCCAUCGAUAGAGCUGCUUGAUCGUGUAGCGGAUAGGCUCUCCAAGGCUAAACUAUGGGACCAAGCGGUUUUUAAUGAGGAGUUGUUUUAUCCUUCGCAUCCUGACUACAUUGGGCUGCAUGCCUCCAAGAGAGUGAUGGAUAUGUAUGAGUUUAUGAACAGUAAGGUGCUUUUCAAGACUGUUAGGAAGGAUCAGGAACUGAAGAAGAAGGUGAAGCCGGUGAUUGUUCAUGUGAAUUACCAUCCAGAUAAGCUUUACAGAAUGCAAGCUGUGGUUGAGUUCUAUGUAAACGGUAAGCAAGACGCGCUUGAUAGCUUCCCUGAUGGUUCUGAAUGAUUCAUUCACCGGGUAAGCAGGGAGGGGGUAGGCUCAAAAGUUUCACAGUUUCUUGACAUUUUGUGAUUCUAAUUUUACUUUUCCUUUAUUGUUUCCAUGUUUAAUGCUUCAUGUCUUCUUUUUUGUAUUAUGGAUUUUGUGCAACUUAUGACUAAAAUCUCAAGUCCUUUUUACAUAAUGAACCUUUUUUCUUCAACA